AUGUAUGGAAAACAUCCCAAAGCCGUUGUUACUGAUGGGGAUAAAUCAAUGAGAGAAGCUAUUAGAGUUAUAUUUCCAAAUUCAACACAUCGUCUUUGUUCAUGGCAUCUACAUCAAAAUGCUAUUAAACAUGUGAAGAAUGCAAGGUUCUUAAAAGAGUUUAAUACACUAAUGUAUUCUAGUUAUACACCUGAAAAGUUUGAAUCUGAAUGGAAAAGGGUUAUUGAUGAUUGUGGUGUAUCAAAGAAUAAGUGGGCAAUCAAAACAUAUGAAUUGAAACAAAUGUGGGCAAGUUCAUACAUGCGAGACCAUUUUGUGUGUGGAGUUAGAACGACAUCGAUGUGUGAAGGUGUGAAUUCAUUUAUCAAGAAAUAUGUUCAACACAAAAAUAGCCUUGUUGAUUUCUUGCAUAAUUUUGAGCGUGCUUUGAAAGAAUACAGACAUAAUGAAUUAAAGUCAGAUUUUAAUUCGUUUUAUUAUCAGCAUGUUUUGAUGACUCCCUUGCCAGAAUUAGAGCUUGAAGCUUCAAAGAUAUUCACUGCUAAAAAGUUCAAAGAAAUAAAAAUUGCGAUAGAGGGUGUUGCUGCGUUAUCUGUCACUGAACGGGUUGAUGUUGGAAAUAGUCUAAUUUUCAAAGUAAAUGUAUACCGCAACAAAGAUGAAAUUUUUUGGGUUUAUCUUGAUAAGGCACAAACUAAAUUUUUAUGUGAUUGUAGAAGAUUUGAACGCAGAGGACUUCUAUGUUCCCACAUUAUUUCUGUCAUGAAGUAUGAGGACAUGGAUGCUUUGCCUAAAAGUUUGAUUUGCAAAAGAUAG